UUGCCUUGUUAUAAACUGUCUUGGUGAAUUUUAUCUUUGUAUACCUGAGCCACUUGAAAUAUGGGCUGAGAACCAAGAUCCUUUAUUUUCAGAAAAUCAAGAAAAGGGUGGAUCGGGAGUAAUUGCACUAGAUCCAGGUGUACAUACUUUUAUAACUAGUUAUGAUCCAAGUGGAAUAGCUAUUAAAAGAGGUAAAAAUGAUAUUAAUCAGAUUUAUCGACUUUGUCAUAUAUAUGACAAACUUCAAAGUAAACGAGAUAUAAUUCAUGGAAAAGGGAACAAAC